AUGCUCGACUCUGGAAAUUUUGUUCUGUAUAAUGAAAGGUGCGAUGUCAUCUGGGAGAGCUUUAAUCAUCCUACUGAUACUCCCCUCGGAGGUCAGAUUCUGCCUAUUGGGGGUUCACUCUUCUCCAGUCUUUCGGAAAAUGACCACUUAAUAGGACGGUUCCAUCUUGACAUGCAGGCUGAUGGAAACCUGGUUCUAUACUCAGCAAAUAGCGAAAACUCAUCUACAGAUUCCUAUUGGAGCUCUGGAACCUAUCUCCAACUUCAAAUUUAUCUUAACGCUACAAGUCGUCUAGUUCUCAUCAACAGCACUAAUUGGGAAGGAAUCCAUGUUUUAGAUUAUGAUGAAUCGUCCAAAAACAUCUACAAAAAGGGUACCAUAUAUCGUGCGACUGUUGACGUGGAAGGAAAUUUCCGGUUGUAUUCUCAUGUAUAUGAUGAGAGUACUGGAAAAUUCCAGCCAUCCCUUAUUAUGUGGCAAGCACUGGAUGAUCCUUGCGAUGUUAAAGGCUUCUGUUGUGAAUUUUAG